CCUGUGCAGCAAUGGCCAAGAUCAAGGCUCGAGAUCUUCGCGGGAAGAAGGAGGAGGAGCUGCUGAAACAGCUGGACGACCUGAAGGUGGAACUGUCCCAGCUGCGCGUCGCCAAAGUGACGGGCGGUGCGGCCUCCAAGCUCUCUAAGAUACGAGCCGUCCGCAAAUCCAUCGCCCGUGUUCUCACAGUGAUUAACCAGACUCAGAAAGAAAACCUCAGAAAAUUCUACAAGGGCAAGAAGUACAAGCCCCUGGACCUGCGGCCUAAGAAGACACGCGCCAUGCGCCGCCGGUCAACAAGCACGAGGAGAACCUGAAGACCAAGAAGCAGCAGCGGAAGGAGCGGAAGUACCCACUGCGGUAGUGCGCGGUCAAGGCCUGAGUUGUCAAUAAAGCACAGCUGGCUGAGAAAAAAAAAAAAAAAAAA